AUGUUGCCUAAAGCCCGCCAGGUGGCAUACGACCAGCUGGGCAGGUCGUUCGCGUCCCAGAUGAGCAUCAGGGAGAGAAGUGCUGCGGCGAGGCGAGAUCGGCUCAGUUUCCUCGAGGAGCUGGACCCGAAGCAACUCUCACAGUACAGACCAGAUCAGAUUGUCACUAUUCUCAGACAACGCGAAGAGGUGCACCACGCUAUCGCGCGUGAUGUAUUCCGAGACCAGGCCGACAUACUCAGCCAGAUCCUGGAUUCCAAGUCCCGUGUUCCUCGCGCUCAGGGGCGCAGCAAGCACCCUUGGGUCACCGACUUGGAUACUGAAUGCCAAUACAUGGUGUGCCCGACAUGUCGACCUGGAUGCAUUGACCGUGCAUAUCUCAGCCUGAUCGGUGUCAGCAAGGGAGAGACUCCGCCCACCGCAGCUGUGGGAUUCGGCUUUCAUGGCAAUGGGGAAAGGCCAGUUGUACAAGCCGAGAGGCUGAAGACGAUUGGAUAUCGUGUUGUGCCUCUGGUGUACCCCAGAAGUUCGUUUGACUCCUCUUCCAGCUCGGCAAUGAGCAUGCUUGAGCUCCUUGACCAGCAACUUGGCCAAGGACGAUUGCUGCCUCCUUCCAUUGGACCGGCGCCGAAUGGUAAACCCAAUGGUACGCAUGUCGAUCCGCAGUCCACUGUGCAACCCGAGCCUGCGGGUCACUUGAAGCCUUCACCAGGGUGUGAGAACCUAAGAGCCUUCACCAAGGACGCCGAUCAUGGUGAAUCGAAUGACGAGGCAUCCGGUGCUCGUCCACCAUGGACGCCUCCACCAUCGCCUAGCCUUUACGGAAAGAUGAGCGCAACAAAAUUGCACAAGUUGGGGUGGGCCAAGGAAGAAAGCAUCUCCAACGGUAGAAGCUCCAUAUCCAUCAAGACGAAUCACAGCAUUCGAUGCCAGUUAUUGACCUCGAUUCCAUCGACAAACGCGCUCCAAAUUCUGGCGCAAUCUGGGAGCUACUUCACAGACAAUUUCCCCGCACCAAUGGAUGAGGACGAGUAUGAUGUCGGCCUCACAUUGCCCUUCCGCGAGCGUUCGUUCAGCAAGGCGUGCGAGACACCGCUGGAACAAGUCACUAUUGGCCCAGGUGGAGAUAAGGAGGGUAUACAAGUGGCUACUACGAUCGUCGAACACGAAGGAGAGGCCUUUACCCCUGCGCCUCUCCAAGUUGAACGGGGUGUGGCCGUGCUGGAAGAAAGUGUCGAGCUCAGGGUGCCGGAUGUGAUCACACAGAUAUAA